CUCCCCCCCUCAUCCUGAUGGGGAAUUUUGUGGACAACGGUUUUAUUUUUUAUUACAGAUUUCCUUUUAUUUUCUAAGUCUUACACUUGCAUAAAUUUUUUCUUUGCCAAAAGUACAGCUUUUUUUUUUUUUUUUAAGUCCACUCAACGCUGUCGCCCGUUUCCGAAACACCUCCUAGGACUUGAUGUGUUUGGAGCUGUUAGCUUCGCCUCGUUGACUCAGCAGGAAGUUUAUUGGGGUGUUUUAUUCGUUUGUUUUUCCGGUGCCGUUUGUUUUUCCGGUGCAUGUCUUUUGUCUUCUGUAGGAAGAAGCUAUUAUUUUCGGAAAUAAACUGUCGCUUAAAGGAAAUGACGCAUGUGCUCACUUUGUUGCCAAAAGUCACGUUACCAGCAUUUAUUGAGCCAUGUUACAUAUUUUCCACUAGUUAUCCGAAAACUUAAUUUUCAGCUGAUCAGAAUUGGCUGUAAAAGUUUAAUGCCCGAAGCCCUAAAGUCCUUUUUGCCACCACGUGGAAAUGCCAUAGAAGGGCUAACGAAUAGCAUCAAUGUGGAUGUGCUCUAAUGUAUUCAGCAACGCGUGAACCGGUCAGCGUGAACCAUUACAUUAUCGAUUUUGUUUUUUAUAAAUGGGGACGGGUGCAACGCGGUUGAGGAAAGGCGGGGGCGGCUUGAUCUACAUUCCCGGCGUGCAAGCGGCCAUGCAUGAAAUGGGACGCACUCCCAUCGAGCGAAAAGAUGCAUUGAUCUCACAGGGUGUUGGCAUGUUUGACUUCAAUAAGGUUCAUUUUCACUUCAGAUACUUUUAUCAUCCUGCAGGGGGGGGGGGGGACAGUUAAAUUGCAUCAGAAACUGAGUGAAGCUCUGGAGCUAUCUUGAAGGACCAGCCAAAUGUCGUGUUGCAUCAGGUGGACAUUUGAAGUCCCCGCCCAAGCUCCCAACUAAAUUUGGGAGUUCGAGGUGGAGGCCACGCAACAGAACAUACAUGUGUUGCAUGUGUUUGGAGUGUGAGAACAACGCUGCGAGGGAAAUGGCAACAGAGCUUUGGCGCCAUCGAUCAGCUCUCCAACUCUGGACGAAGGGUCGCAGAGGCUGAAAGGCAUCAUUAGCUGUUUUCGGUUUGCAGCAGCAGCAGCAGCAUCGCAGCCCGGACAUGUUUCGGUUUCGGUAGCACUUUAACUUGGAAGGGGAGGAAAAGGCCUUUGCAGACCACAUUUCAUAACCAGGAUGAAAGAUCUUCUGUAAUUAAAAACGAAUCGAAAAUGGGCGACUGGAACUUCCUGGGCGGCAUCUUGGAGGAGGUGCACAUCCACUCCACCAUGGUGGGCAAGAUCUGGCUGACCAUCUUGUUUAUCUUCCGCAUGCUGGUUCUGGGCGUGGCCGCCGAGGACGUGUGGAACGACGAGCAGUCGGAUUUCAUCUGCAACACGGAGCAACCCGGGUGCCGCAACGUGUGCUACGAUCAGGCCUUUCCCAUCUCGCUCAUCCGCUACUGGGUCCUGCAGGUCAUCUUUGUUUCCUCGCCCUCGCUCGUCUACAUGGGCCACGCCAUCUACCGGCUCCGCGCCCUGGAGAAGGAGCGCCACUGCAAAAAGGUGGCGCUGCGCCGUGAGCUGGAGUCGGUGGAUGCCGAGUUGGCGGACGCCCGGCGGCGAAUCGAGAAGGAGAUGCGGGGGCUGGAGCAAGGCAAACUCAACAAGGCCCCGCUCAGGGGUUCGCUCCUGUGCACCUACGUGGCGCACAUCGUCACCCGCGCCGUGGUGGAGGUCGGCUUCAUGACGGGCCAGCUGCUCCUGUACGGGCAUCGCCUGAGCCCGCUCUACAAAUGCGACCGACAACCCUGCCCCAACGUGGUGGACUGUUUUGUGUCGCGACCCACUGAGAAAACCGUCUUCAUGGUCUUCAUGCAGGUGAUUGCCUGCAUUUCCUUGUUCCUUAGCCUCCUUGAGAUUAUGCACCUGGGCUACAAGAAGAUCAAGAAAGGCAUUUUGGACUACUACCCCCAUAUCAAGGAGGAACUGGACGAUUACUACGUCAACAAGUCCAAGAAAAACUCGGUGGUGCACCAAGUGUGUGUCGGUACCUCGGCGGGGGGCCGCAAGGCGACCAUCCCCACGGCACCAAGCAGCUACACCUUGCUGCUGGAGAAGCAGGGCAACGGGCCCAACUACCCGCUCCUCAAUGCCACGUCUGCCUUCGUGCCGGUCCAGGAGGACCCCGAUGUCAAGCUAGUGGGCUUGAAGGAGACCAAGGAGGGCGUCCCCAGCCCCACCGACCAGAACAGCAACAACACGAGCAGCGAAACUCGCUCGCCACCCGCUGACAAGGACGUUGAGGAGCUGGACUGCGCCGACUACCCCACUUCACCCGACCCGGUUUCCACCGCCACUCUUCCAGUCAUGGCCCGAAAGUACCGGAGACCGAGUCCGCAAUGGAACUGCUCCACGGUUCUUGAGGGCAACACCUCGGACAGCGGCAACUCCUACCAGGGCGGCUCUAUGAAGCUCCGCGGAGGAAGCGGAAGCGGUAGCGCGGGGCCUCGAUCCAGGAACCUGCUCUCCAAGUCGGACAGCGUGAGGAGGCCCGCCAGGCCCCAGAGCCCGGACUCGGGCGGCGAUGCCAGCUCGGCAUCCCGACGUAGCCAGGAUAGCCCCAGCCCCACCGCCUCCUCCCCCAACCGGCGGGUAUCGGCGACCAGCAGCGGCGGUAGCAGUUGCAGGCGAGCGCCCACUGACCUGCAGAUUUGACGCGCCGCUCUCUGACAUUUUGUGACAGGCCAUAGUGGGAAGUAAUGAAAUACAAAUACUUCAUGACUGCACUUGAGUAGAUUAUUUGCAUGUCUCUACUUCGGUAUUUAUUUUUCUCAGUAAGAAAGCAGUGGUGGUAAGUAACACAGUACUCAUACUUUGUUACAUGACUGAAGUAGAUUAUUCAUGUAGCUGUAUUUGAGUAUUUAUUAUUGCAUAUAAUUCACUACAAAGGGCGGCCCGGUGGUCUAGUUGUUAGCGCGUCGACCUCACAGUGCAGAGGUCGUGGGUUCGACCCUGGCUC